AUGUCUUAUAUUAUUAUUACACCAAAAUAUAUUAAAGUUGGUUGUGAUAACCAAAUUUUAGUUUCUGUUGCUACUGCAUAUCAACUAGUUCGAAAUUUUCGAUCUCGUGCCGGCUCGAUAAAAAUUACAUCAUUCGAAAGAGCAGAAAAAACUGAGUAUGGUGAAACACGUAAUGUUAUAUUAGCUGUUUCAAAAAAAUUUCCAAUUGGUCUUGGUAAAUUAAUUAUAACUGGUUCUGGUGGUCUUAAUUUUGAAGAAAAACGUGAUAUUAUUGUAUAUGAUAAUUGUCAUGUUAUUCUUGUACAAACGUCAUCAUCAACUUAUCGUCCACAUGAUACAAUGGAAAUUCGUGUUGUUGUCACUAAUGAAAAUCUUAUUCCAAUUGAAUAUGGUGAACUUAUUGUUGAAAUUUAUGAUGCUGUUUUUAAACUUGUUGGUGAAUUUCCAAAUGUUCCUAUUCAUUCAGGUCUUACUAAAGUUCUUCGAUAUCCACUUGCUGAACAUGUUAAUGUUGGUACAUGGCUUGUUUCAGCUACAAUUGGAAAUACAACAUCAUCUAUUGAAGUUAUUGUCUCAUGUCCAUUAAUACCAUCAUUUGAUGUCAAUGCUAUUUUUCAACGAUUUCUUCUUCGUAUAGAUGAAACACUUCGUGGUGUUAUUAAAAUCAAUGAUGAUCAUAAUGAACCAAUAUUUGGUCGUGCUAUAAUUGCUAUAGGUGAAUUAACUGAACAAGACAUUAAAUCAAAAAUGAAAAUGGGAUUAAAAGAAGUUAAACCCAAAAUCGAAGAAUGGUGUAAAUGA